UUAUAUUUAUUUUAAGUAAAAAGAUGGAAAUAAUCUCUUAUAAAGAUCUAUUCUCGUUGACGCUACUCUCCCCAUCUCGCGUUGCUGCAAAGCAUUCCUCGUUUCUCUCUCUCUCAGCCAUUUCUGCAUACACCAACGUUUCAUCUCCGAAGGGAUCCAUAAGCUGAAGGAGAAAUGGGGCUGACAUUCACGAAGCUUUUCAGUCGGCUUUUCGCCAAGAAGGAAAUGCGAAUUCUGAUGGUUGGUCUUGAUGCUGCUGGUAAGACCACUAUCCUCUACAAGCUCAAGCUCGGAGAGAUCGUUACAACAAUUCCUACCAUUGGGUUCAAUGUUGAGACUGUAGAAUACAAGAACAUUAGCUUCACUGUUUGGGAUGUUGGUGGCCAGGACAAGAUUCGUCCCUUGUGGAGGCACUACUUCCAGAACACUCAGGGUCUUAUUUUUGUUGUAGACAGCAAUGAUAGGGACAGAGUUGUUGAGGCCAGAGAUGAGUUGCAUAGGAUGUUGAAUGAGGAUGAACUGAGAGAAGCAGUAUUGCUUGUGUUUGCCAACAAACAAGAUCUUCCUAAUGCAAUGAAUGCUGCUGAGAUUACCGACAAGUUGGGUCUCCACUCUCUCAGACAGCGCCACUGGUACAUUCAGAGCACCUGUGCAACCUCUGGAGAGGGCCUUUAUGAAGGUCUGGACUGGCUUUCCAACAACAUCGCCAAUAAGGUAGCUGAUAUAUUUUUCCUCGUUUAUUGUAGAAGAAUAAAGGAUUUUAAACAAUGCGCAGUGAAUUGAAAAUAAUAUGCUUAGUUCAUUAGAGAAGUGGUAGCAAAAGUUUGCCUCUGGUAUAUUUUCGUUUUUUUUUCUAAAAUAGGCACUACUAAAAGUACUUCUUUGUUACCCUUCCAAAUUCCUAGUUCGUUUAAAAAUUAAUGAAAAGAUGUACUUCUUGAAUGACUUGGCUGUUUUUUCCCUUUUUUUUUUCUUUCACAGGCUUAAUGCCUUUGGUAGUCUUGCGGAUUGGUAUUCUGGAUGCAGGGGUGAACAUUAUCUAGCUUUUGUUUCUUGGUCCUCUUCCGAGACAACUCGAAUGUGUUCAUGUAAUGUGGUUUAGGACAUCUCGUGCUAAAUGUAGUAGGAAUUUGUUUCUUGGGAUGUGUAAUACUCUGAGCUUUCUAUUGGGUUUGGAUGAAAAUGUCCAUAACUGUAAUGGAGAUACUAAUUCAAUGCGCCACCAGGUUCUGAUUUAUAGUUUUAUUUUGUUUAUGUAUCUUUCAUAUAUUGAGUAUGAAAUAUGGGGAUUUUGUUUA